CAUCAUGGACGCCAACCACUAUCCGUCUUCCUAUCAAAAGAGUGCCGAGCUCAAGCCAAGGAGUGAUGAUCAUGAUCAUGAUAUCGUAUCCAAUGGUGACUCCAACAAGAGGAAGAGAGUGAUUGCAAUCAUUGGGGUCGCUCUGCUGAUGGCCUUUGUUGCUUUUCUCUUACCCACUAUGCAUACCGGUAGGCCCAUCGAUAGACAAUCUCUUGAUCAGACAGUCAUUGACAGCAGCAUCACCUUCUCCGAGUCGACUCUUCCCACUAUGAUGUAUACUGAUUCUACCCAAGAAGAACAAUCCAGAAAAGACCAAAUUCUCCAAACACUCCGAGAACUACAGACCAAACUUGAGGGGUCCAUUUACUUUGCCAGCGAUGAUAAUAAUGGCCACGACUUUGAUCGGGCCGCUCAUGCGUGGCGGAUCUCCAACAUUGUCAGCAAUCCACCCUGGGCGGUCAUUGAAGUGGCCCAUGAAGCCGACGUACAACUCACCAUACCGGUAUUGGUAGACUUGCAACAGACGUACAACUUUCCGUUUUCCAUUCGAUCGGGUGGACACAACAAGGCAGGAUAUUCCACUGCGGGACAAGGGGCCGUCGUGUCUUUGGUGCGUCUCCAUCAACUCGAGCUGUUGGACGAUACUAUUGAGGAUGAAAACACCGCCGUGGCACGCAUGGGACCCGCCGUGCUGGUGCAACAAUUUGUCGCGGAAUUGCUCAUCCCAAAGGGAUAUGGUGGUGUCAUUGGAUACUGUGGUACCGUCGCCGAAGCUGGAUUUAUCAUGGGCGGAGGACUGGGUCUGCAAUCACGUCUCUUUGGACUGGGAGCGGACAAUGUCAAGGCAUUUCGAAUCGUAUUGGCAGAUGGAACAGCUCACCAUGUAUCCAAUGACGAUGACCAUGACAAUGACGAGGAAAACAGUCUUUCGCGAGACUUGUUCUUUGCCCUACGGGGUGCCGGUGGUGGGAGCUUUGGGGUGGUCACGCAGAUUGACUACUACGUCCACAAGACAUCGAAUCAAAUCUAUGUACCUGAAGUGUUCCUCGACAACCCGGAUGACAUGGCAACCUUCUUGUACAGGUUGGGGCAAAAAGAACCAGAAUUGCCAGGAAACAUCGUAGCCAUGCAUGAUCUAGUCGGGUCUGUGACAAUGUUCUUCACAGGACGGACUGACGAGGAGGUCGAGGCGGGGAAAGAUUACCUGGAUCAGUUGAUUGAGGAGAUUCAUCCCGAAGGUGUACCACGCAACAUUAAACAAGCCCCCGUUUCAAACUGGUCCGACUCCUACAGUCUGCAGGAUUUCCAAGGUACCUGGGGAGAACAGGUAUGGGCUGCGGGCUGCUGGUAUGGCUUUCUGAAACCAGAAAACAACACGGAAGAAAUAUGGAAAGAUAUCAACAGACACAUCGCCAAGGGGAUACAAGAGUCAGGACCCUACCUGUUGCCGGAUGUGGAAUUCUGGGGAGGAAGGAUAAAAGAGACCAAGUGGAAUGAGACAGCCUUCCCGCAUCGAGAUGCGGUGUUCAAUUUGGGAGUGCUUCUGCAGAUACCAGCUGAUACAGAGGAUGCCGAAGCAGUAUUCCAGGAGCAUUUUCACAAGGUCAACCAGUGGUGGCCUAAGGUCGAGCAAUACCUGCAAGGAUCCUUUGUGAACUAUCCAAUGGUGGCCAUGGAGGCCAGAGACUACCCUCGUGUGUAUUGGGGGGACAACCUUCCGAGACUCGUUGACAUCAAACGACGUGUGGAUCCUCAGAAUGCAUUUCGCUUUCCCUUGAGUGUCCCCAUGCAUUUGUAGUAUUCUCUGUCAGGCACGAUCAGCUAGCUAGAUGGCGUAUGCAGAUAUUUACUACUCUCAAAUAGUUUUGUAGUUGAUUUC